AUGGGACGGCCGAUGAUAUCACGGGGAAGUUUCGACGUGGAGUCCAAGACAACACUCGAUCGGUGUUCGAGUGUUGACCAUUCGUAUAACCCGGCACAGGAGAGUACGCUUCAGCUGUUUGAGUCUGAGUCACUGCCCGAGGAACAGCAAUGGCGAUUCGGGGUUCGGGAUUGGUUGCUUUUUAUUUGCAUUGUUAUCUUGGCUAUGAUGGAUGCUUUUGAUUCCACGGUUAUGAUCACUGUGUUGCCAGACUUAGCGAAUGCGUUCAAUACACCACUUGUCAGCACACUUUGGGUUAACACAAUCUAUCUUGUCGCGAGCGCAACGAGUCAACUGUUCUUCACGAUGAUGUGCGAUGUAUUCAGUCUCGGACCCGUCUGGAUCGUCGCGGCGGUAUGUACCACAAUCGGAACCGGGAUAUGCAGUGGCUCGAUGUGUCUGAUCGAGAUUGUGGUCGGUCGAUUACUGCAAGGCAUAGGCGGAGGCGGUUCCCUAGGUCUAUGUUUCGUUGUUAUGGAGGAAUCAGCGCCAAAGUCAAUACAUUCGCGGUAUUCAUGCUACAUUCUCCUCACCCGUCUGAUCGGGUUCAUACUCGGUCCAAUUAUUGGCGGUUUGUUCAUGGAUUAUACAAGUUGGACAUGGGCUUUCUAUUUCAACUUCAUCUUUUGUGCGCUGGGUCUUCUUGCGAUUCCAUUUGCUAUGGAUCUGCGCGUGUCCAAAAAUAUUCCGCUGCGGAGAUGGCGCGUUCUGGACUGGACUGGUGGUGCGAUGGCUUCGUUUGGCUUGGCUGCCAUCCUUGUUGGUGUCAGCUGGGGCGGUGUCUCAUAUGGGUGGGAUCAGUGGCAAGCACUGGUUCCAAUCGGGAUCGGGAUUCUCGUGAUGCCGGUACUUAUUUUCUACGAGUCUAAGUAUGCAGCACAUCCGCAGUUUGGCAGGCGUGUGUUCCGAGAUUUGCCCACUAUCAUGGCAUACAUUGGAUGCCUCUGCCAUGGCUUUGUUAUAUUCUGUCAGUUGCAGUUCUUCACCUUUUAUUUUCUCUGUACGCGAUACUUUUCCGCGACACUGUCUGGUGUCGCACUCUUCGCCAUCACUGGAUUCGCAGUCACACCCGCUGCAGUAGUUGGCAUUCUACUCGCGAAUGAGGCGAAGUGCUCGAAAUGGAUGAUUACUGGAGGAUGGAUCCUGACGACUCUAGCAGCUGGCUGCUCAAUCCUCCUUGACAGCAUCACACCUACAGUUGGAUGGGUGAUUCUCUUCUUGACAGCAGGACUGGGUCACGGCCUUUUAAUUUCCAGUUACAAUAUUCGCGUCCAGAGUAUACCCAAGAAUGAGGAAGCGGCACUCUCCACGAAGCCUAUUGCCAUUUCUCUCCUUAUGCGAGCAUGGGGUAUGGCGGUUGCCGUUCCUAUUGGAGGCAUCCUUUUCUUGACUUGCUUUGGCAAUGAGCUGCAGAGUCUUGGACUGGAGCGGGAUCUGAUCAACACGGCAAGGGGGUACAUAAUUUUGGUGGAUCAGACUCAAAUGUCAGAUGGUGAAAGGGAUAUCAUCAAGGAUGUCUCUGCGUCAGCCUUGCAGGUUGUCUGGGAGGUCAUUGCAGGGAUCUCUGCUUUGGGUGGCAUCUCGUCUAUAUUUUUGUGGAAGAGACAAUAG